AUGGCUGUUUGCGUUGCUGUUAUCGGGAAAGACAAUUCUCCCUUGUACAUCGGUGGUACCGGUAAUGAUACAAGUACCGACAAUGAACUGUCCCGUCAAUGGCUGGUUCACACCGCUCUGGACGCCUUGGAGGAACGACUGGCUUCAACAAACAAUACUAAUUUAAACUCUAGUGCAAAUGCUUCACGAACUGAGUUAAGAGAUCUAUAUUUAGGAUUACUUUACUCCACUGAUACUCAUAAAAUUUACGGCUACGUAACCAACACUAGAAUCAAGUUGGUGCUGGUGACGAGCUCCACGUCUCCAAGCGGCAGUAACAUUCGUGACGCGGAGGUCCGUACAGCCCUGAGACGGCUCCACGCGUUGUAUGCUGACGCUAUCUGCAACCCAUUCCACUUGCCGGGAGACCAGAUAACUUCAACGAAAUUCGACAAACAAGUCAAGAGCCUGAUCAUGAAUAACGUGUAA